CACUACGGCUGAUUAGCAUAAACCGAAAACAGAAACGUCACCAGAGUCUGUUAGAAAAAUCAUAAAAAAUUAUGCUCGUCGACAAAUUAUGCAAAAAAGCCAAGACAAGCGCGAAAAACACAGAUAACGAUGCCCAGAGCCAAGACCAAACCUGAGACUGAGACCAAACGAUACGAGUAAAAAUGCGAAAAAAACAAAAAAGUACAAAUUAAAAUUAAAAGUGGCCAAAAAGCGAAUGGGAAUUGGCAAGAGGCGAUGCUCUGAUGGCGCUGAUGAAGGAGCGAAUGGCCAGCGAAUUACUGGCGACAAACAUCCAACAUCGACCUGCUCCAAAUGAGGUGCAAAAAUAAAAGACACCCAAUUAAAAUGCGGAAUGCUAAUUAAGAGAGCUGCAAACUGCAGUCCCCGUUUCGAGCUUUAAUUUCGCAUAAAAGACGUGGGCGUCUGUGACAUCAGCAUACUCGAAGUUUACCCAGCAAACCGAUCGGAGUUAUCCACCUACACACAAGUCCCAAGAUGCGCUUCCUAAUUGCCCUUUGCCUUGUGGCUGCUGCCAGCGCUGACUCGCUCGGCUACAACUAUCAGCCAUCCGCCUCCACUGGCUCAUCGUCCUAUGCUCCCUCUGCUGCCGGACCAUCAUAUAGCCAAGCUGCUGCCCAACCCUCGUACUCCCAAUCCACUGGCGGACAAUCCUACAGCCCCGCGGCCGCUGCCACCCAGGAACAGCCCACAUUCAAUGCCCCCUCUGAGUCUUUUGGUAGCGCUCCCGAAGCUGCUCCCUCGGCUGACGCCCCCAACUACUCCGCUCCCCAGACCGAGCUGCAGAAGGAGUUCUUCACGUACACCGCCGAUGAGAGCGCCUUCAACGAGCCAGCUGGAUCCGAGCAGGUGUCCAGCUCCUUGAACAAGGCUCUGCGCGUGAUCUUCAUCAAGGGACCCGAGAACCGUGGCCUGGAGAAUGCUGCCCUGGCCCUGGCCAAGCAAGCCGGCCAGCAGGAGACCGCCAUCUAUGUCCUGAACAAGCAGGCUGACAUCGGAGACCUGGCCAACAAACUGAACUCCAUCCGCAGCAACAACAACAACAAGCCCGAGGUGCACUUCGUCAAGUACCGCACUCCCGAGGAUGCGGCCAAUGCCCAGCAGGCCAUCCAGGGACAGUACGAUCAGCUUGGAGGAGCUUCCUCCAUCCAGAACGGCGGUGUUGCCCCAGUGCUAAACUUCGCCUCCCAGGCACCCGCUCGUCCAGUGGCCGCUCCCUCCUCGCCGGAGAACUCCUACCUGCCCGCGUCGGUGCUGCGUCGCCGCCUGUAAGAGCCGUACGACAGCCGACUGAACCGACUGACCCGACUGACCCUCACUGAUUCCUACGCACUCGCUGCGAUCCAUCUCUCCUUCUCCACAUGGAGACCAUCUCUGUUGAAUAGUUUGUAUUGCGAUUUUCGAGAC